CAGGAACCUCCCUGGGGCAGCGCCCCGCCCUGCUGACGUGCAGACCCUGAACCGAAACCCAGGCUCCUGCAGGCACCGAGCACAGCCAGGGCCAGGGCCUCAGCCGCCCAGGGGUCUGCCAGGUCUCCCCCACAGGAAGCCAUGACCGAGGCCAGCAAGCUGCCCCCGCCGCUGCCCCCACGACUCGACUGGUUCGUGCAGACGCAAGUGGACCAGCUGGCCCAAGGAGGGGUCCCCACGUGGUUCCAUGGUGCCAUCUCGAGAGAGAACGCCGAGACCUUGCUGGAGUCACAGCCACUGGGGUGCUUUCUCAUCAGAGUCAGUCACAGCCACGUGGGCUAUACGCUGUCCUACAGGGCCCAGAGCGGCUGCCGCCACUUCAUGGUGAAGCUGCUGGACGAUGGGAGCUGCACGAUCCCCGGACAGGAGCUGGCUCAUGCCUCGCUGGACGCCCUGGUCGCCUUCCACCAGCAGCAGCCCUUGCGGCCCCACGGGGAGCUGCUGACACAGCCCUGCGGGCAGAAGGAUCCGGCCUGCGUGGAUUAUGAGGAUCUCUUCCUUUACUCCAUGGCCUUGGGGGAAGAACCUGCCAGCCCCGCCCAUGGCCCCAGGGAAUGUCAGAAUCCCCGCUCCUGUCCUGUGGCCUCACUUGAGGAGGCCUCCGCAAAGCCGGUCCUGCUCCGUGGGGCCCAGCAAAGGCAGCCAGAGGCAGAGCCGACCCGCGCGCCCCCCGAGGCGGCCGCUUCCUCCCACCCCCAGAGGACCCCUCUGGAGAAGGCCUGCCGGAAGCUCUGGAGGAACCUCAAGACAGUCCCCGAGACGGGCAGGAAGGUCCAGCAGCAGCUGAAAGCCCAGCUGGCGGCCGCAAGCCUGUCGUCGGUCUGGGACACCGGGCGACCCGCAGGGACCCGCAGCUCAGGGGCCCGGGCGGGCGGCGCGGCCGGGGAGGAGGACGACGGCCCGGACCCAUCUGUGUCCACGUGGCUCACAAGCCCCGCACAACCCCAGGCUCCCAGAGACAGAGACGGCUCGUCCGGGAGGUCGGCCAGCUGGAGCAAAGCGACCUCAGGGGCCAGGGGCUGGCACCAAGUGGUCAUGAGGGCCCUGUCCCAACCAGAGCCCAGGGGCUCGGCAGAGCCCCAGAAGGACUGGCUCCCGGAGGAGUACCGCCCCCCACCGCCCUUCGCCCCUGGGUACUGCUAGAGAACAGCUCGCCUGGCUCUGGGGCCCGGGCCCCCGGGGCUGCUCGCACCCGGACCCCUCGCUCUCUGCCACUGCCCCCAGCCCUGAGGAACCUCAGAAAUGCAAUAAAGACACUGCCUGGUCUGGGCCUGCAGUGGUCA